CUCGCGUGGCCGCCACAUCGGCGAUCUGCCCCAUACCCAGACCCGGCCAUCGUUCCACCUCGAGACGGCCGAUCUUGGGUGAGAGUCAGAAGCGCCCAAAACUGGCACCAGCGCCAACUUCGACGCUGUCAAUCGAGAGCCGCCUUCGCCGGUAGCCCAUAACAUCAACACUCUGCGCCAUGGUCGUCGUCUUUAUACUUACUUCCACGAUGCUUCGCAAACUAGACUGAAGGGACGAUGGAGUUCUCAAAGACCCCAGGCGCUACCUUCGCCGCGCCGCGCCGCGUAUUCACUGCCCCCGUUCACCCGACCGCCCCGCAGCAAGCCUCGUCGUCCCAAUCCGCCCCCAGUCUCGUCGAUACCAUCUACGACCACCCUGCUGUCAAGAUUCUUGCUUUUACCGCUGGACCGCCUUGGGUCCCUCCGAGCUCGAGAUCAGCGAAUGCGCCGCCUGAAGUUGAGCCUGGCUCGCUGCCUUGGUCUUCCCAGACCGAAAGAACUAUUGCGAAUGGCCCCUUUCGCAUCUACCGCGCCCCCGGGUCUGUAGCCUUCCUCAGCUGUGGCUCUGCGCUGCAGCCCAUUCUCCCCAAGAGCCAGGCUUGGUGUGUCGACGAGACAUCGAGUAAAUAUGUUCUGCAAAUCCGAAGACCCCAGUACUGGAGGAUAGAACUCCCACUCAAGAGUGACGAAGAUGUGCGCCGUGCCCAGCUUUUGCGAGAGGUCUUCGACAAAGUGCUCCAGUUCGAGAAAACGGAGUGUCCGUUUAAUCGCACCUUUACCGUCGAGCUUCCAGAGCAGCCGCAGACUCCGGUCAAGAAACGGCCAUGGACUCCUGUGCGAAGGGUUCAAACAUCUUUGCCUCCAACCCCGGUGACGCCGAUUGAGAUGGUCCAUUUGCAGAAAAGAGAGGAGAAGUAUGAGCCGGCAUCAAGCUUGGACGGCCCCGAGAGCACCUACGACUCGGAGGGGAGCUCGUUUGGCAUAACGCCCCGCCCAGGGUCAUCGGAAGCCGAGGAACUGGUCUCAAGGGAUACCGGAAACCUUGAGGACAAUGAAGAUUUUGCUGGGCUUCGACAUGGUGGGGGCGAGGCGUCUCCAAAAACCGGCGCGGAGCUUCUCUCACUGCCAAAACCGCCUAAGCUGGACGGUUUCCGGGCUACUCGUUCUGUUACAGCUCCUCCGCAAUUAACGCUGGUCGCCUCCCCUCCCUCAAAGCAAAAACAAUGGGAGCCCGCCGGAAUUCCCAUGGAAGCCCCGAGACCUCGGUCGCCAACUGAGCCGCAGGAUUCCUUCCCCAGUCCGCAAUCGUUCCCUCCGUCCCCUCCUAUGUCGGAUUUUGGAUCCCUCGUAGACCAGGACCGUCGAGCCGGGGAUUCCAUACUCCCAGAAGAAUCGUUCAGCAAGCAAGAGACGCCGAGUUCGACAGAAGUUCCAGCCCCCACGCGGACAUGGGGUAUCAGCACGGCUGAAUCACAACAAUCGGAGGGCAACGGCUCUGUUAAAGCCUCUCCGUCUACCCCUGACGUCGAUUGUUCGCCAUCACAUAGCGCAACAAUACCUGAAGAUACAGUUCCACCGAUUUCACCGGUCUUCGAGGAGCAAAUCCCAGUUACCUCUGUGUCCUCGCCGAACCUUUCUAGGUCAUCCUCAGUAGUCGCACGCCGUCCACAAAUCCGCCACAGAGCAACAACAAGCAGCAGUAUCUCACCUAGCAGGAGAAUGCUGUCGCCAUUACCUCCCGCAGCAAACCUCUUCUCGCCACACCAAAUUCACGUAUCAACGGCUACGGCGAACACUAGCAAGCUGGCCGUGGUACGCCGGCUGCCUAUGGCCGUAAUCCAGAAGACAUGCGAGAUUCUGAUGUCGCCCCCGUCACAUUUAAUCAACUUGAUGUUGAAGGUGGCUGCACGCAUCGCCGCCGGCGAGUGGCGUGGCUUUUUAUCUGGUACAGAUGACCAUGGUGAAUGGAUUCCGGUCCAAUGGGACUGGUCCGACGACGAAGACAAUACAACCGACAGCCAUAACAGCCAUGGCCAGCGUGCGGCAGACGACGAAGACGACUGGCCCUUGACUAGGGGACGAAAAAUGCGGCUUCCGGGCAGCUUUCCCGAGUCAGACGACGAAGAGUUUCAAACCCUCCCUAGUGCAGAGCAGCCCGUUAGCGAAAACACUCCUAGCGAUAUCUACAUCGAUGAACAUACCGGCGUAUCAACUCAACCUGCCCCUCCCCCAUCUCCGGGACCGUCGGUAGACGACGUAGAUCCUGCUCAGCAACAGCAGUCGGAUUGGAGUCAGAGUUGGGGUGUCGACUAAUUAAAAUCACUGCUCUUGACAGCCAUGAACAUGGUUAUACAACAGUAUAGCAUCGAUUCUCAUUAUUUUACGAACUCCACACC